AUUCCGGCGAGGGGGCUGGAAUGCGCCCCAGAUAGUCCCACCGAUAACCCAAGGAAGCAGAGCUCAGCUCAAAGCGUAUAUAAGGCCAGCUGGGGAGAAAAAGGCAGCAUAGGACACAACAGAGCAGGGACGAAGUGAAGCCUGAUAUUUCUCGAAAAGGACAUCGUCUCCAGGGCGAGAAAGCCAAACGCACCUUCUCCAGGCAUGGACACCCAGGGCUCGACCGCAGUCACAUUUGCCUUGCUGUUCCUCCUCUGUUUCCAGCACCCCAUGGCCCACCCCAUCGACAGCCUCAGCCCCGCCAAGGAGCUAGCCAGCAUGGAGGUAAGGAACCCAGAGGGGCAAGUUUGGGGAGACUCAGUCCUAUGUUGUUUAGUCGUGUCCGACUCUUCGUGACCCCAUGGACCAGAGCACUCCAGGCACUCCUGUCUUCCACUGCCUCCCGCAGUUUGGUCAGACUCAUGCUGGUAGCUUCGAGAACACUGUCCAACCAUCUCGUCCUCUGUCGUCCCCUUCUCCUUCUGCCCUCCAUCUUUCCCAACAUCAGGGUCGUUUCCAGGGAGUCUUCUCUUCUCAUGAGGUGGCCAGAGUAUUGGAGCCUCAGCUUCACGAUCUGUCCUUCCAGUGAGCACUCAGGGCUGAUUUCCUUCAGAAUGGAUUGGUUUGAUCUUCUUGCAGUCCAUGGGACUCUCAAGAGUCUCCUCCAGCACCAUAAUUCAAAAGCAUCAAUUCUUCGGCGAUCAGCCUUCUUUAUGGUCCAGCUCUCACUUCCAUACAUCACUACUGGGAAAACCAUAGCUUUAACUAUACAGACCUUUGUUGGCAAGGUGAUGUCUCUGCCUUUUAAGAUGUUGCCUAGGUUUUUCUAAGAAUCCCAGAGGGGCAGGUUUUGGGAGACUCAGUCCUAGGAUUAUCUCCCAGGAGAGGUCUUGGGAGAGAAAUUCACGGAAGGCCAACCUUCCAUGUUCAGAGGCAGUCUACCCCAGAGUCGGAGGAGACUGGGGGUGAUUGACAGGGAAGCGAUGCCAGCCUCUGUCCGCUCGCUGUUGGGAACAAAAUACUGGGUUGUUGUGCACAUGAGAAUGCAUUCUUUUAGGGAGAACUGCUUUGCAAAAACAACAACCACUUGCAUCUAUUAGGUAAAAUUCACACCAACGGAUUUUUCACAAGGACUUUAAAAAAAAAUCGAAUAGAUUUUUUAUUAAAACACAAAAAUCAAUUAAAACAGACUCCUCCCAGAAAACAGGUGUGAAAUACCAAAGAAGAGGAGGAAAGGGACCUGAGAAGUGUUAGAAUAUGUUAGAAAUUACAAGUCUAUUUUAAAAAAAAAACACAUUAAUAUACAUUUUAAUAAAAUUAAAUAAAACUUCAAAAAAUAAAUAAAUGGCAAAUUGUUAUAGAGAUGUGGAGGACUGAAUCUAAGAUUAUUGUUGUGAUUAGAACUUUUAUUCUACCUUUUCUUCUAGGUUGCACAUGGUCGCAUACAUUCAUUCCCCCACAACAACCUUGUGAGGUAGGUUGGGCUGAGAGGCAGUGACUGGCCCAAGGUCACCACAGUGAGUUUCAUGGCCAGUGAGUGGAGGAUUUGAACGCAGGUCCAAUGCUCUAGCCAAUGUACCGGUCGCUGCUGGGAACAAAAUACUGGGUUGUGUCUUUUGCCCUUCUUCCAUUCUUAGCUAUGGCUGGGCGGAUCUGUCCUUCCUCAGUUGCAGUUCAUCGCUGCAGAAUGUUAGGAUGGCAGUGAGCGUUGGCGACUUGUAAAAGACAGGCAACGUUGCAGAGUGGUUACAGAGCUAGGACCUGGGAGACCAGGGUUUAAAUCCCCACUUGUCCAUGCAGUUCACUGGGUGACCUUGGGAUCCGUCCCUGCCUCCCAGCCGAACCUAAAAUUCUAGGAUAUAAAUGCAACAAAUAAAUGAUAAAAUUCAUAAAGGAUUCCAGGCUUGUGCCAGGGAGACAAGGCUUUUCCAUGUUACGGAGUGUCUAACUGGGAUUUAUUUAUUUAUCACCUGUUAUAACAUUCAUAUUCCACCUCAAGGUGGCCUAUGCUUUCUUCCCCUCCAUCUCCCACAUUUUACCCUCACAACAACCGUGACAUGUAGGAAGGGUCGGGGGAGAAAGUUGAUCCUCUUUGCAUUUUAGUGAGAAAACAACCCGGUUCACAGUUCGAGACUGGAUACACGAAACGAAACAGAAGCGACCUUUGAAACUCACACAUCUCCCAAUUUUGCAGGGCGGUUCUCCGUCAACAAGCGUGCGCAAAAGUGCAGAGGCCAACGAAAAGGAACAUGCUAAAAUAUGUCACAUUGGGGGACUCUGCUUGUGCAAAUGUGUAUAUGCUGGUCAAAAUUGCUUAUAGAAAUUUGCACGUAUGGAUUUUCUGCCACAGAGAUGUGUAGUGACGAAUUUUAAGACUGGGAAGACGAUGAGCUGAAAUGGACAGAUUUAUUUACUGUAUUUUUUAUAAGACUCACUUUUCCCCUCCUAAAAAGUAAGGGGAAAUGUGUGUGCGUCUUAUGGAGCGAAUGCAGGCUGCGCAGCUAUCACAGAAGCAAGAACAGCAAGAGGGAUUGCUGCUUUCACUGCGCGGCGAUCCCUCUUGCUGUUCUGGCUUCUGAGAUUCAGAAUUUUCUUUUUCUUGUUUUCCUCCUCCAAAAACUAGGUGCGUCUUGUGGUCUGGUGCAUCUCAUAGAGCGAAAAGUACGGUAUUUGUUCUGUUACGGUCCCACCUUUUUCUCAGAGGAGCUCAAGGUGUCAAACUUGCUUCUCCCCCCUCCUCAUUUAAUCCCCACAACGACCCUGUGAGGUAGGCUAGGCUGAGAGGCAGGGAAUGGGCCCAAAGUCAGCCAGUGAGCUUCCUGGCUGAGGGAGGAUUUGAACGCUGGUCUCCCAGACCCUAGCCAGAUAAUCACUCUAACCACUCCAGCACCCUGUCUCUUGAAUGAUCAGGUGUCUUCCUUGUUAACUUCUUGAAGGCAUCUGACUCACUGACCUUGAUGCUGGGGAGUCUUACGCAGUUUAGGAGACCUGGAGCUCAGCAGCAAAAUGCAUGUUUCAUAUCUGUAAAAUCACAAGCCCGAAAGAAAGAAUUGUAUUUGCAGAACGACAAACCCGGUUUCCAGGAACAGGCAGACACCAGAAAGAAACUGGGGGGGGGGGGUGAGCCCUGGGACCUUCUGCAUGCAAAGCAUGUGCUCUACCACCAAAGUAUGACACUUCCCCCAUUAAAAGGCAGCAUUGCCUAAUGGUUAGAGUCUCAGACUGGGACCUGAGAGACCAGGGUUCAAAUCCCUGCUGGGCCAUGAAGGUCAUCUGAGGUGACCUUAGGCCAGUCCCUGUCUCUUAGCUUAGCCUACCUCACAGGGUUGUUGAGGGGAUUAAAUGAGGACCAUGUAUGCCAACUCAAGCUCCUUGGAGGAAGAAGAAGGUGGGAUGGGAACCUAACAAAUAACGAAAUAAUAAAGGUAAAGGGACCCCUGACCAUUAGGUCCGGUCGUGGCCGACUCUGGGGUUGCGGCGCUUACAGCUUCCGGGUCAUGUGGCCAGCAGGACUAAGCCGCUUCUGGCAAACCAGAGCAGCACACAGAAACGCCGUUUACCUUCCCGCUGGAGCGGUACCUAUUUAUCUACUUGCACUUUGACGUGCUUUCAAACUGCUAGUUGGCAGGAGCAGGGACCGAGCAACGGGAGCUCAACCCCAUUGCGGGCAUUCGAACCGCUGACCUUCUGAUCGGCAAGUCCUAGGCUCUGUGGUUUAACCCACAGCGCCACCCGCGUCCCAUAAUGAAAUAAUAAAAGUAACUAAAUAAGACUGUGGUGUUCAGGGUCUAAAAUUACCUGUCUCAGCCGUUCCCAAAGUAGACAGUAGUGCCAGCUGGGGGGGCAGUGGUGGGUUUACCUAGGGGGCGCUAAUAGGCAAGGUAGUGGCAGGGGACUGGUUGCCAUCUGUCUCAAGAAACAAUGGCGUACAACCAUGGGGGUGAAGCCAGACCGCUGGAGAAUCACAGCACCUAUCAGACUUUGAAAAGCUGGUCUCAUGGGAUCAAAUUCACCAGUUGUGUCAAAUUCAGUGAACUAAAAUGUCUAAACCGGAUUCUGAACAGGUGUGCCAUUAAUUGUUCCUGCUUUGAAUUUUAUUGGGUUAUUAUAUAUGCCAACUGCUAUUCUGAAUAAUGCUUUUUACAGAGUAGGGCAGCGGGCAGGAAGAAUGAGUUUAUGGAACCAAGGGGAUGGGGGGAGGCUGGAAAAGUGUGGGAACCGCUGAGCUAGCUGAACCCUAGGAAGGAAGGAAGGAAGGAAGGAAGGAAGGAAGGAAGGAAGGAAGGAGAAAGAAAGAAAGAAAGAAAGAAAGAAAGAGAGAGGGGGGGAGGGAGGGAGGGAAGGAAGGAAGGAAGGAGAAAGGAAGGAAGGAAGGAAGGAAGGAAGGAAGGAAGGAAGGGAGGGAGGGAGGAAGGAAGGAAGGAAAGAGAAAGAAAGAAAGAAAGAAAGAAAGAAAGAAAGAAAGAAAGAAAGAAAGAAAGAAAGGGAGGGAGGGAGGGAGGGAGGGAGAGAGAGGCAGAGAGAAAGAAAGAAAGAAAGAAAGAAAGAGAGGGAGGGAGGGAGGAGGGAGGGAAGGAAGAAAGGAGAAAGAAAGGAAGGAAGGAAGGAAGGAAGAAAAAGAGGGAGGGAGAGGGAGGGAGGAAGGAAGGAAGGAGGGAAGGAGAAAGAAAAAGAAAGAAAGAAAGAAAGAAAGAAAGAAAGAAAGAAAGAAAGAAAGAAAGAAAGAAAGAAAGAAAGAAAGGAAGGAAGGAAGGAAGGAAGGAAGGAAGGAAGGAAGGAAGGAAGGGAGGGAGGGAGGGAGGAAAGUGAGGUUCAGGCAGCAGAAAGGUUUGGAGGCAAUGCAGAGGAACGAAAGAGGAACAUUAUAUUCAUUUUCCAUUCAGGCCCUUCUGCAGCGGUUGGAGGAGAAAGUCUCCCUGAUGGAAGCUCUGCAGAACAGCCCCAACCUAGAAGAUCCUGAAAGCCAGAGGGAGGGACUGGCCGAGUUCCUGGAUGAUGGCAACAGCCAGCAAGUCGAGACCCCGGCCGAUUCAGCCCCGUUCCUCUCCGACCGCAGCUCCCUGCUUAAGCGCAUGCGGGGAAUCCAGACAGCGAAGAGCUGUUUCGGGAGGAGACUGGACCGGAUCGGGGAAGUGACUGCGAUGGGAUGCAGAGGUGAGCCCUCCCCACCCCACCCCCUUGUUAUUGCCGGACCUAGGAUAGCUCUUUCUGGGAGAAUUACAGGAAUGCACACACCCCUCCAAGCUUAUGAUAACAGAUGCAUUCUUCGUUUUGGUCCACCAUCUAAACCUGCAAAUCCUUCCCAUCGAUGCCCAGAACAGGGACUUGUACAGAGUUGCGACAGGCAACUCCCUCUUUAGUGAGAGCUGCCUGUUGCAACUCUCCACGAGUCCCCGUUCUUAGCAUCAAACGCUUCAAGGGUGGAUAUCUGGCAUCUUGGAAGUCUCGUGUUUCACCAGAACCCUCUUCCCAGCUGCUUCCUCCCACUGAUCAAUCUAGGAAGAGUAAUGGAUCUUCCAAGUUCUCUUGCUUGGCUCGCAUAUCUCUAAUGAAAAGCCAAGGAAUAAAUCUUACUGGGGUCUAUAAAGCUGGUAAAAUAACAGCUAUAUAUUCCUGCAUUGCAGGGGGUUGGACUAGAUGACUCUCAGCACCCCUUCUAAUCCUAGGAUUCUAAAUCCUUUUCUUUUUUAACCUUUCGCUUCUAGGGUCGAGGAGGAAUUAAGAUCCGCUUUCCUGCCAUCAGCUCACGGCAUCCGACCUUUUGACGACAUGCGAAUUUCUGAAGACGUGUGCUUUCCCCCCAAAAGUCCUCUGGAAUCAUGCUUCCCACUUAUUUAUUUCUUAAUUUAUUGAUUUAUUUAUUUCUUUGACCUCUUGUAUGUUUGUGUUUUCUUUUUUUCCUUUUCUUUUUUCUAAAACAAACAAACUUUCUUACUUUCGGCACAGAGAUUGAAACAAUAAAAAUCAAACACAUUUGCUCUUUUCC